AUGCCUACAGAAGCUUGUGAAAGAUUUAUGAUGAAACUCAAAAAGAUUAGCGAACAGUCGUCCCCGUUUCGACGUUGGACGACAGGCAGCGGCGCUGGCAGCUCAUACCGCCACCAGGACCAUCGCAAUAUGUAUAACAAGCAAAUGAGCGAAGGAUCAACUCAAGUAUCCAACUCCGGCAAUGGCUCCAACGUGACGCGCUGGUCCCUCGGUCUGGAACACCUCCUGGCUGACCCCGCAGGCGCCGCAGCCUUUGCUCACUUCUUAGCUAAAGAGUUCGCUUCGGAGAAUAUUAGGUUCUGGUGGUCUUGUGAGCAGUACAACGCGACCACGGACCCAGAACGUCGCAGAGCCUUAGCGACGGAGAUCUGGCAGCGUCACUUGGAAGACAAAGCCCCCGACCUGGUGAAUGUCGACGCACCUGCGAAGCGGGCCACGGAGUUACUCCUCCACCAGGAUCCACCACCGCCUGAGCUAUUUCAACAGGCCCAGAAGCAAAUCUUCAACAUGCUAAAAUUUGACAGCUACCCUCGCUUCCUACGCUCUGGCGAGCACGCGGAGUGCGCACGCGCAGACCUGCGCGGCUUGCCCCUCCCAUACGACACGCAGCAACAUAACGACAGCUCUAAGUUAAAGAAAUCAGCCUCCAACGCAUCAGAACGCCGGCGCAGCGGAGGCGGGUCGCUCCUGCCCUGGAAGUUGCGGGCGGGGGGCAGGGAACGCUCUAACAGCACGCAGCAGAAUGAUCCACAACCAACUAUUGAUGUGGUGAAGUCGAGCCAGACGGCCCCCGGGCAGUGCUCGCUGUGCCGCGUGGUGCUCCCGGACGGCGCCACGUCGGUGGUGGGCGUGGACCCGGCCGUGAGCGUGGGGCGGCUGGUGGAGCGGCUGCUGCAGCGGCGCAACCUGGCGUGCUCGGCGUACGACGUGGUGCUGAAGGAGGGCGGGCAGGUGGAGCUGUCGGCGCCGUCGGCCGUGCUGGGCGGGCGCGAGGCGGGCGUGGAGCGGCGCUGCGUGGUGCGGCUGGAGCUGCGCGGGCGCUGCGUGGCCGUGCGCUGCCGCGCCGCGCGCCGCCUGCGCCACGUGCUGCGGCCCGUGCUGGCGCGCUACGCCCCGCACCUGCCGCCGCACGCCGCGCGCGCGCUGGGCCUCGGCGGCGACCUCGUGCACCCCGACACGCUCAUGCAGGACCUCGACGGCACUCGUCUCCAAAUAGUAGAAGUGUCGGAGAGCGGCGACUACCGCCCGACGACAGAACGUGACGACGACGCGGACUCGCUCAGCGACGUGGCCGUGCGGAUACAAGACGACUCGCUCCGAGACCAAGACACUCAGAGUGUAGGUGGCGCCAGUAGUCGCGGGUCGCGAGUUCGAGCCGCGCUGAGACCAGGCCCUCCCCUACAUCAUCACCCACCUGAUUUUUUGGAGAACCUUCGCGAAACCCAACAACGGCUUCGACUGCAGAAAGCUGAGACUUCGCCCCCCGCCUCUCCGCUGGCACCCACGGCCACCCCCCGCACUCCGCCACCCCUGCCCCCUAAACCCACACAUCGACAAGCGCCCACAGUCAUAUGA